AUGUCUUUCCCACCUGCACCACCACCACCCACAGGUCUCGGUAUCUAUCGUGUUCUUUCACCACGAGCGGGUGUACGAGUAUCGCCCAUUCAGCUCGGGGGAAUGAGCAUUGGCGAAAAGUGGGGAGCUGUAUUCGGUACUAUGAGCAAGGAAUCCGGUUUCAAGUUGUUGGAUGCAUAUUUCGAUAUGGGGGGAAACUUCAUUGACUCUGCCAAUAACUAUCAGGACGGAGACUCUGAAAGGUUCAUAGGAGAAUGGGCUGAGCAACGCGGUAUUCGUGAACAGCUCAUCAUUACUACAAAGUACACGAUGAAUUAUCACAGAGGCAAUGAUCAGAUUAAACAAAAGGUGAACUUCGUGGGGAACAACGCCAAGUCUCUCCAGAACAGCGUCACUACGAGUUUGAACCAGCUGCGUACGUCGUACAUCGACAUUCUCUAUCUCCACUGGUGGGAUUGGGAUACCUCGAUUGAAGAGGUAAUGGAUAGCUUGCAUAAUCUUGUUCUGCAAGGCAAGGUUCUCUACCUAGGGAUCUCCGACACCCCUGCGUGGGUUGUCGCUCAAGCUAACCAGUACGCUCGAGAUCACGGAAAGACGCCGUUUGUGAUCUACCAAGGCCACUGGAAUGUCAUGGAUCGCUCCUUCGAGCGUGAGAUUAUUCCGAUGGCUCGUUCUUUAGGUCUUGCACUUGCUCCAUGGGAUGUCUUGUGCGGUGGGCGUCUUCGGACUGAUGAAGAAGAGGAACGCCGACGAACGACAGGUGAGAAAGGCCGAGCGAACAUGAUGACUCAAAGCUGGGAGCGGAACAAAGAAGAAAAGGCUAUGUGCAAGGCUCUGGAAAAGGUUGCUCGUGAAGUUGGCGCCAAGAGCAUCACUGCUGUGGCCAUCGCCUACGUGAUGCAAAAGGCGCCAUAUGUCUUCCCCAUCAUCGGCGGCAGGAAGGUUGAGCACUUGAAGGCCAAUAUCGAGGCAUUGGACAUCACCCUCACAGAAGAAAAUAUCGCAUUCUUGGAAAGUGCACGCCCAUUCGAUCCUGGAUUCCCCAGCAAUAUGAUCGGUGACGGAACGAGAUACGACUUUUUCGGGCUGAAUAGCACUGCGCGUAUGGUGAAGCAGCCUGCUCGUCAGGCUAUCCGGCCCGCGGACGUUAAGCGUAGCUUGAAAGAUUGGGGGGUUUGA